AUGGGGCCGUCAGAUGAAGACGUGGCCUUCCACUCCAACAUACCGGUGCCACUGGAUAUAACCGUGGCUGUGGUCUACUCGGUCUUUGGAGUGUGUUCCCUGUUGGGCAACAGCACACUGCUGUACGUCUCCUACAGGAAAAAGUACCUCCUGAAACCAGCCGAGUACUUCAUCAUCAACCUAGCGGUUAGUGACUUGGGCCUGACUCUGUCCCUCUACCCCAUGGCGAUAACUUCAAGCUUCUAUCACAGGUGGCUGUAUGGGAGAACAGUGUGCUCCGUGUACGCUUUUUGCGGCAUAUUGUUUGGCAUCUGCAGUCUAACCACUCUGACCCUGCUAAGCACGGUGUGCUUUGUGAAAGUGUGUUACCCGCUCUAUGGGAACCGGUUUAACUCUGCUCACGGCCGUCUGCUCAUUGCCUGUGCUUGGGUCUACGCCCUGUUGUUUGCCUGCUCCCCGCUUGCCCACUGGGGGAAAUACGGACCAGAGCCUUACGGCACCGCCUGUUGCAUUGACUGGCGCCUCUCCAAUCAGCACGCUACGGCACGCUCCUACACGGUGGCACUGUUCAUCUUGUGCUACAUCCUUCCAUGCUGUGUUAUUGUUGCAUCUUACACCAGCAUUCUGGUCACAGUGCAUGCAUCCCGCAAGAACAUUGAGCGGCACGUGUCCAGGCAGACGCACAUGAGCAGCAUCCAGACAAUUAUUGUGAAGCUAAGUGUUGCCGUCUGCAUCAGUUUCUUUGCGGCGUGGAGUCCAUAUGCGGUGGUGUCAAUGUGGGCUGCCUUUGGACACAUUGAGAACAUCUCUCCUCUGGCCUUUGCCCUGCCAGCCAUGUUCGCCAAGUCCUCCACCAUCUACAACCCAAUCAUCUACCUCAUGCUGAGGCCGAAUGUCCGCAGGGUGAUGUGCAGGGACAUGGGCACUCUUUGCAACGCCUGUCUGAAGGGCUGCCUCCGCUACCAGUGGCCAGCGAAGUGCUGCUUCAAGCCACAGAUCAGGGUCAGACUUCCUUCAAUCCACGGACAGGCCAACCGACUCCCUCCACCCAACUCCUCUACUCAACCUCCGAUGGCAGCAUUUAAGGAUCACAGCUGUGAGGAGUGCAAUGGGGCUUUCGAACGCUUCAGACACUACCCUCAAAUGUGCAGCGUCACUAACUUUGGUGCCACUGGGGACUCAUCGGAGGAUCGAGACCCUCCAGUGUCCCGAACACAUAAGCAGAAGACUCAAAGCGUGUGCCACAGGAAGUCCCUGCUGGCCAUCAUGUGUGCAAAAAGGACUUCAGAAAUAGACAACUUCCAAAUCAAUUUAGAGAUGGUUCCGGGGCAUGCAAAAGUGGCGCGGCCCUGA